UCAGUUGUGCGGUUCGAGUAGUGUGCGCACAUGGAUUAUAAUAAUGUCAAACACCAAGAGCACGGAAAGAUGGCGGUCGAGCGGUAAUUUUGUGAUGCAUGGGGUGUAGUCUAUAAAUGGUGUGUCUUACAUUCCCAAGGGAUUUAUCAAAAUCAUAACAUUAUCGUGCAAUGUGACUAUAUACUGAUCACGACCGUCCUGUGAAGCAGAUCGUGUCAAUAACGGAAGGACAACGACGGAGAAGGAUAGAAAAGAUAGAAGGAGCAAGAGAAAAGGAGAAUACAGAAAGAGAACGGACCCAGUUUGCACGUAACGAGUGUAGAAGCGGUUCAUUGCUCCGCUCUAACUUGUCGCCAAGAUGGAUUGGGAGUCGAUCACGGUGGCGAGUCUUCAUCUGACGAUGACCGAACAUCAAUAUUACGAAGACAUUUUUAGUUAUUGCUGUCAAAAUGCAGACAGCGACAGUUUGUCGAUGAUCAAAGUUGCCGAACUACUACACUCGGCAAGUUUACCAGAAGUUGUCACAAUGAAGAUAUUGGAUAUUUGUUUUGGAGCUAAAGCAGCACACAUUGGUGCGUAUCUUGGAAAAAUACAAUUUUAUGUACUAUUGAAGCUUGUAGCAGCUCAUCAAGCAGGAAUUAGCAUUCGUAAAGAGAUAAUUACCAUGCCUUUGGAUGUUAUCACUUUACCAAGAUUUACUUGGCCAGCAUCUGAGGAAGAAGAUGGUAGGAGAAGUUCAGACUCAAACAGGGCUAUGAAAAGUCAUCGUCAUGCUCCUGAAAGUACUACAGAAAGUGAAAGUGAAGCAGAGUCUCCAAUGGAAACUGGUGGUAGUACAGAUUCACCAACACCAACAAAUAGUAUAAUACAAGACAGAAACAAUGAUAUAGGUGGUAAAACAAUAUUAGAUUCUGUAUCUGGAGGUUGGCAAGGAUUGCUGGUAUCAGAAGAACAGAGGCAGCUGUUAGGAACUGAAGAAGAGAGUUCAGAACGUCAUAGCAGUGAUGAAGGUGAUGGAGAUGGCGAUAGCUCAUUUCCACCUGAAGAAGUAUGGAUAAUUAGUGAUGAACAGCGCGAGUAUUAUGCUGCUCAAUUUGCCCAAUUACAACUUGAUCCUGACGGACUCUUACAUGGUCCCAUAGCCAGGACAUUUUUUAGAAAGUCUGGACUUCCUUUAGGAGAACUUAGUCGCAUUUGGCAACUAGCAGAUAUAACCAGAGAUGGGGCAUUAAGUAUACAAGAAUUUUUUGUGGCUAUGCAUCUUGUUGUGUUACGAAGAAAUUAUGUGCCUCUACCUGAUGUCUUACCUCCAUCCUUAUUAAUUCCUUUGCUUAAGCAAAAGACUGGUCCACCACCUGUUCCACCAACUACAACCACUCAAAAAACUCCACCCAAUACCACUGGUACUCGUGAAAGAAAUAAAGAAUGGACAAAAUUUGUUGAUUCCCCAACUGGAACUAGUAGUUCUUUAACUAGUCCUGGGUUGCAAUUAGUGAAUUUUGAUUUUCAAAAAUCUUCUGUUGAAAAAGAUCCCAAAAUUUUGCAUCCUGUACCAUUGCGUUUGACACCAAUUCUUGCUUCUGGGGCAAAUGGUAAUAGUAGCAGCUGUACUACGUUAGGAGAUGAUGAUCUCCAACGUACUGCAAGUGCAAUGGUGCAACGACCUCUUAUAAAAAAACCACCUCCACCUCCUGAAGAAGCUACUAUAGUGACUCCAAAGAAGGAACCACCGCCUCCACCACCACCCAGACCAUACAGAACACAUGCAAGAAGUUCUAGUCUUGAUCUUAAUAAAUUAGGGAAAAAUGGUCAAAGUUUCCUUGGAGCACCUCCACUAGUUCCACCAAGAAUCUCUCCCGGAAUCACUUCACCUCGAAAAUUGGUUGGUCAAAAAAGUGAGGGAGAGGGACAAAAAACCUUAAAUGAAAGUCAAGGUUUUGUUGCUGAUUUUUCUCACUUUUCUCCAAAGAGUGAACUACCUGAAAAUCCACCUUUGGAAACUCCACAAUCACAACAAUUUACUGGUGUCUGUGGUGCAUUUCAUAUUUAUAGAAAACCCAGUCCAAAGCGAGAAGGAGGAGAUGAAGAUGUUCUUAAAGAUGAAGUAGAAGAAUCAAAGAAAUUAACAUUACAAGAGUUGCGAGAGAAGAACGCUGAACUGCGAUUAGUUUGUGAAGAAUUAACACGAGAGUUAGCGAGCGUACUACAGGAACGUAUAAAUCUUCGUGCAAGACUCUUAAUUUUAACAUGAUAUAAUUUGUUAUCAUUUGUAAAGACUCCAAACUGUGAAUUAUCGAUUUUUCCUAAAUUUGUCGUAAAAUCGAGUAUCUCAUGUGUCAUGCUAGUCUAGAACAUUUC